UAUGUCAAAUAAAACGCAAAUAUCUACAUAAGCAUAGGCUACGGGUGAUGAUGUUCCAUUAGCAUCUUUAGUUUAAUAAAUAAGAUUAAAUAAUCAAGAUUAAGAGGAUGUUCCUUAAAAGACCAGAUUACCUGCAUCACAAAUAAAUCAAGAUUUAAAAUUAGCAUAAGAAGUAAAUAAUAAUUUUCGAUAACUUAUUCAAUAACCAUUUUCAUAACAUUUAAUAAUUUAGCAGCGAUAGGAGUAAUAUGAGAUGAUUCAAUAAAAAAAGUAAUUAGACUAACCUAAUGAGGUUGAUGAUGAAAAUAAAUCAUUUGGGAAUUAAGAAUUAAAAAAAGAGGAAAGAUGUAUUGUUAUUUAAUAGUAUUAAGAAAUUUUGUUAGCACCAUCUUAACCUUAUAGUAGAGAACCUUAAGUGUUAAAAUGUGAGAAAUGUUAAAAUGUAAUGAUAACAAAAGUGGAAUCAAAACCAGGAUGGGGAAGCUGUUUUUGUUGCUGCUUAAUGUUUUUAACUCCUUUUUUCUUUUUGUUUUUUCUACCUUUCUGUAUGAGAGUAUUAAGUAUAUGAUAUGUAAGUAAUGCAAAGAUGCUCAUCAUUAUUGUUAAUCCUGUUCAAAUAAACUUGGUACAUAUUAUUUUAUUUGUGAAUGA